AUGCCACAGUUAGUUCCGACCAUAUCUCGGUCUUCAGUAUUUUCGAAAUUAUCAACGGCAAUACCAAAGGAUAAAUUAGGUACUUUAUCAUGUAUAUCACUUAUUGUUAAUAAGAUUAUUGGUACAGGAAUCUUUCUGAAUCCUUCAAUUAUUUUUAAAUAUGUUGAUGGAAAUGUUGGAUUAUUUUUAUCAUUAUUCUUAUUAGGUGGGAUUAUAAUCUUUUCCGGAUUAAUUAUAUAUCUUGAAUUUGCAUUAAAUUUACCGAUUAAAAAUGGAGGAGAAUUAAAUUAUUUACUUCGAAUAUUUAAGAAUCCAAAGGGACUUACUGGAUGUAUAUAUUCAUUUCUGAUGGUAUUAUUAGGUUUUAGUUCAGGAAAUUCUUAUGCAUUUGGUAAAUAUAUCCUUUUUGCAUUUACACCUCAAGAUCAACAACCUUAUAUUAGUGAAUCACUUGUUAAAUUAAUUGGAGUAUUAUGUAUUUCCUUUUGUAUAUUUUUACAUGUAAGAUAUCCUAAUCAAGGUACUCAAUUAUUUAAUUUCUUAGGAAUAUUUAAAUUAUUAAUUCUUGUCCUUAUUAUAUUCUUUGGAGUAGCUGCAAGUAUUGGUUUAAUAGAUAUUGAACCUACUAGUAAUUUUAGAGAUAUUUGGACUUUUAAUCCUUCAACUUCAGCAAGUACAUCUUCAACUUCAAAUGCUUCUUCAGUAUAUAAUGUAUCAGUAGCUUUAUUAGAAGUUAUAUAUUCAUUUAAAGGUUGGGAAAAUGUUAAUUAUGUUCUUAAUGAAGUUGAAGAUCCUUAUCAUAUUCUUACAAUUGCCGCACCAUCAGCUGUACUACUUACAACCAUCCUUUAUUUCCUUGUCAUUAUUUCAUAUCUUAUAGUUAUCCCAAAGCAAGAAUUACUUGAUAGUGGAGUUCUUUGUGCAGGGAUCUUCUUUAAUAAAAUCUUUGGUGAAACAAUUACUUCAACCCUUUUACCAAUUCUUAUUUCAUUAUCAAAUUUAGGUAAUGUUUUGGUAGUUUCUUAUGCUCAUUCACUUGUUAAUCAAGAAUUAGCCAUUAAUAAUUAUUUACCAUUUUCUCAUAUCUUUCAAAAUUUGAAUUAUUCAUUAUUCUUACAUUGGUUUAUUACUGUAAUAAUUCUUAUUGGACCUCCACUGAAUGAAAUUUAUGAAUUUGUCGUAAAUCUUUAUAUAUACCCUGGUACUUGGAUUAAUGUAGCUAUAAGUAUUGGAUUAAUUUAUUUGAAAUUAAAUAAAAAGAAGGAACAUUGGAAUGAAUUUAAUACUAUAGAUCAUUCCAAACCUAAAUUACACCUACCUGAAGAGUACUUUGAAGAAGAUAUUAUUGAAGAUCCUUUUACUACAACUGCCAAUAAUGAUAAUGACGAUGAAAUUCAAGACUUUAAUCCUCGUCAAAGAUCUUCAAGUUCUGGAAGUGCAAGUGCAAGUGCAACACGGGAUCGUCUAGCUCGAUUGUCUAUUUCUUCACAAACAGCUUUAUUACCUCAUUCAUCAUCAUCAUCAGCAAUUGCCUUCACUAGCCAAAAGAUCAUUAAGGCACCUUUCUUUUGUGUAUAUUUAUUCUUAAUUGCUAAUCUUUUCCUUGCAUUAUUCCCCUUUGUUCCUCCUCCUAAUAAGGAUUCAAUGAUUAUACCGUUUUGGUGUUUCCCUGUUAUAGGUACUGGAGUACUCUUACUUGGAGCUAUAUUCUUUUACCUUCGUCCGUAUGUUCGAUUGUUAACGGGGAGUAUUACUAAUGUUAAUGAAAUAAAAUAUGAAGAUGAGUAUGAAUAUGACCAUGAAUCUUAA